AUGCAGCGGAUGGGAUACUCGACUUGCAGUUGCAAGCUAGGAUUUACAGGUAAACUACGUGAAGCGUUCCUCUUUUGAGUUUCUAAAUUGAUUGCAAUUUUCCUCAUUACUUUUGCAAUUUAAAAAACUCCCUUGCAAAUUCUUUGAGGCUCGGCUUGAGGGAAUUUGCAAUGUUGCUAAAAGUCAAAAAAAAUUUCCUCAGUUCCUGUUAGAAGUUCUUAACUUCCUGUUACAAGUUCCUAACUUCCUGUUCUGUUCUGCGUGUUGCAAUUGGCUAACAAAAAUAAUCUACCAAUAACAACGCUCAGAACAGAACAGGAAGUUAGGAAAUUAAAACAGGAAGUUAGGAAAAUUUAAAAUGAAGUUUGGAAUAUUGCAACAGCUGAUAGGAACAUUGCAAAUUCCCGCAAGGGAUUUGCAAAGAGUUUUUCAAAUUUGCAAAGCUAAUGAGGAAAAUUCCAAAUGAGUUACGAAGUCAAAAGAGGAACGCUUCACGUAGUUUACCUGUAAAGGUUUAUAAAUGGUCCAUAUAUUAUAGGUCCAUACUGAUAUUAUAGGUGCAUAUAUUAUAGAUCCAUAUAUUAUAGGUCCAUGUAAUGUAUGUAAAUGUUACAUAUACUGUAGUUUAUGUUAAAUUGUUUGCAUGGCAUGUAGUUUCCUGAGCACUAGAGUGGAACUUUGGGCACAAAAUAAAAUGUUAUGGUUGAAGUCGAAAAUAGCCAUAAGUCGGUUUUCCACUACUCACUAGGCAAAUUUGUUCGUGCGAAACGAAAAACAUUGGUCAGCGAAAAAUUUCCCACGAAAAUGCAGAACCCAUCGCUUCGCACGAAGCAAUCUACUCACCCAAUGAAAUAAAGUACAUUUGGUAGAAGAUUUGCUUGGAUUAAAUUAAUUAAGUAACUUCCCUGCGCUUGAAAACUCAUGCCUGUAAGUAGAGUUUGUCUUUCCUGUGUUUCGAGAGAUCCCCAGUUUUCCUCCUAUGAAAAACUAACCUUUACCCCUCAGUUGUCGAGCCAGUAUAUUAUUAGCCCCUGGCUGGGGUAAAUCGGGAAGCCAUACCCUGUAUAUUACCAAAUCCUUCCUCUCGCCCAAAAAAUAUGUUCGUGUCAAAACAUUCAAGAAAACAGCUGCAAUCAUACACCUAUAUAUAUUACUACUAACAUGUCAAAUUAUUAGUAGCUAAUCUCAGAACAAUUUCCUGCAGACCAAUAAGAUAUCGCCAUUUCCAAAUUAGAGAAGUUCAGAUUUGACCUCUUACUGGCUUAGUGCGCAAUUGAUUGGCUACAUAAACGUAUCUGGUUGCUUAAAGAUCCGUUAAUGCUAGCGGUAGUUAAAUCUGAACCUUUCUAUUGUCCAUUUUAUUGUCCUUCUCUGUGAAUGUUUCCUGAUAAGUGUGACAAUAUAGACUCCUCAAACGCUAUUCCUUUGGUGUUUUUACGGAAACAGAAUAUUUUUUGCACAGGAAGAUUUCUCGAAGACGAAAUAGGGCAACACUGAUAUAUAAUUGCCAAACAGCUACACUUUUGUUUAACGUAGACGUCUCACUCUCACGGAAAAACUGCCUUUUUCGUUGGUUUUUGCCGUGUUAAAAUUCCCGCCUAUUUGCAAAAUAAGAGUCCACAAUCAUGUUAAAAAUUCUUUUCAGCGGUCGUUAAUCUUUCCUUACUUCAUGUAAUUUUGUGUUUAAACGCCCCACGCACAGUUAACUACGUGAUUAGUUAACUAUCCGACUAACUACGUUUUGUGCAACGCAGUUAAAUCGUGUAAUUAACUAACUGGGGCCAGUUGUAUAAAAAAGUGAUUAAAGUUAACUAUGAUUAAGUGCAAACGUCAUCCAAUAAGAAAUGCCUAUUUGAGAGUUAAUCACUAUUUAACUACAAAAUAGUGAUAAAAAAGUGAUUAAGAGUUUUAUAACCGGCCCCUGGAGUUAAGGAUUUAAUAUAACGACUGCAGUUAACUUUAACUAUACGUUUUUAUACAACCGGCCCCUGAAUGUUUUGACACGAAAGCAUGACAUGUUGUUUUGGGCGACAGGAAGAAUUCGCGGUUUUGGUAAUAAAUACGCUUAAAAAUAACCCAUUUUCACAAUCAAAUCCAGUCACUCAAUGAAAUAACUGUUGUUAUCUAAGAGGAUGACACUCUGAGUGGCUCUGCACCGGGAAAGCUGAACAAUUGCUUGACCGCGGUGGGAAACGAACCUGCGACCUUUAGUUGUUUGCUAGUGUUCCCACCGCAGUUAAACAUUUCUGUAGCGCUUGUCCGGGGUAAAGCCACUAGGCCGUAGUCUCAUUUAGUAUAUACUCUACCUGAGUUCUAAUCCCACGUGCAGUCAUUAGAUUUGAAAUAUUAUCAUUAUAAUUACAGGUGAUAUCUGUGAAACGAACAUUGAUGACUGCGCGAGUGGGCCAUGCAAGCAUGGAGCGACCUGUGUGGAUGGCAUUGAAAACUACAAUUGCACAUGCUUUCCCGGCUUUAUGGGCAGAAACUGCGAGAUCGAAAUUAAAGAAUGCAAGAGUAACCCCUGCAAACACGGGAGAUGCGUUGACCUCAUCAACGAAUACGCUUGCAUUUGCGACACAGGCUGGAUGGGGAAAAAUUGUGAUGAGAAUCCCAAUGACUGUAGCAACGAUACCUGUUUCCAUGGGGGCGACUGCACAGAUGGACUGAAAGACUUUACUUGUAAAUGCCGGACAGGAUUCAGGGGAAAGCGAUGUGAAGAGGAUAUUGACGAAUGCGCCACUAACCCAUGUUGGGCUGAAGGAACGGAACGUUGUAUUGAUUUAGUCAAUGAUUAUUACUGCAAAUGCAAGCCUGGUUAUGCCAAGCGUACAUGUUCAUUCGAUAUCAAUGAAUGUUUAAGUAACCCUUGUUUGAACAAAGGUCGCUGUAAGGAUGAAAUUGGACGAUAUGUCUGCGAAUGUCCGUACGGUUUUAGUGGUGUUAACUGCGAGAAAUCUGUUCAGAGUUGUGCUGAUGAGCCGUGUUUGAAUGAUGGAAAGUGUACGGAGGUUGGUAGUCGAUAUAAUUGUAGCUGCAAGAAAGACGUCUUUGGACGGCAUUGCGAAUUCAAUCAAGAUAAUUAUGCGCCGAAAUCUUGUGCGAAUGCUGCUAAAUGCGUGGAUGGUUAUGGAGACUACACGUUAUUAUUAUUAUUAUUAUUAUUAUUAUUUAAAAAUAUUUAAAAACGGUAGUCCUUCAGGGCACAUAGGCACCUGCUUUUCAAGGAGCCGUUUGCAAACUACUUAAAUUGACAAUACAAAUAUAAAUUAAUUUACAACUAUUACACUACCUAUAUUACUAGUUGCAUAGAUUACUAAUUACAAGAACACAUCAGCUGCGGUCAAGAAUAGAUUUAAAUUUACUAAGGCUGUUUUGUUCCUUAGCUAAACUUGGUAAGCUGUUCCAUAAGGACGCAGCCGAGUAACUAAUACUCUUUUUCAUAAAAUUUGUUACUGGCUUUCCAAGGGAGAAGUUUAUAUUGUUACUACGCAAUUGAUACACUUGGUUCUCUUUGAUUUUAAACAUUUCUAUUACUGAUUGUGGCAUGACGUUAUUUUUUAUUUUGUGCAUAAAAAUACAUUUGUUUCUCUUUAGUCGUUCGCUUAAGGGCUGCCAAUUUAGCUCUUUUAAAACAUCUUUAGAUCUGGUUUCAUAUAUUCUGCCCGUAAUCACCCUCGCAGCUCUAUUUUGUAAUUUUUGCAGUUUGUUUAACAGAUAAUCGGAACAAUUAUCCCAAACAAGACUGCAAUAAUCAAAAUGUGACAGCACAAUAGCAUUGUAUACUUUUAACAAGGUUGAUUGUGGAACAAAUUUCUUUAUUCUCCGAAUCAUUCCUAUAGCUUUUGAAGAUUUUGAAACAAUACUUUGUAUUUGGUCGUUCCACGAGAGGUGCUCAUCAACAAUGACCCCCAAAGUUUUAGAUUUGUUGACUCGCUUUAUUGUUGAGUCACCGAGUUUGACUAUAGGAUCUGUUGAAAUGUUUGAAAUGCGUUGUCGUGAGCCAACAAUCAUGUAUUCAGUUUUCUUUUUAUUAAGAGUGAGUUUAUUCGAAGUUAGCCAUUGGUGCACAUUUUCUAAAUCGGUAUUUAAGCGUUCUUGUAUUUCAGUGUCAGUUUUACCUUGAGUAGAAAUAUUUGUGUCAUCAGCAAACAUACUUGCCGAGGAUAAUGAUAGACAGUUCGGAAGGUCGUUUAUAUAUAGAAGAUACAGCAAGGGGCCUAAGUUAGAACCUUGCGGUAUGCCACAUUUAACCGUUCUUUCAUUAGAUGUAAUUUGAUCCACCUUGCAAAUUUGUAUCCGAUUAGUAAGAUAGGAUUGAAACCAAGCUAGAUCACGACCUCUUAUUCCAUAAUAAUCCAUUUUUGUUGUAAGUAUAUUAUGAUCUACACAGUCAAACGCCUUUUUAAGGUCAAGGAAAAUAACUCCAUUCAAACACCCCCUAUCCAUAUUUAGCAGCCAUUGAUUUGUUGUACGAAGGAGAGAUGUUUAAGUGGAGUGUUUCCUCCGAAAACCUGCUUGUUGUUCUAUGAGUAAACCGUUAGAUUCUAAAUACGUAUUAAGCUGUUCUGAAAUUAAUUUCUCAAAUAUUUUUGCAACACAUGAUAAAACUGAAAUUGGUCUAUAAUUAUCACAUAUUAAUUUGCUGUCAGAUUUAUGAAUUGGCGAGAUUAUAGCAAUCUUAAAGUCGUCAGGGAAAAUGCCCAAGUUAAUUCAAGCAUUGCAAGCCGGGUUACAGUGGGAAUAAAUGUCAGUACUUGAAUAGAUGUGACCGGAUUUGUGAGAAUGAUGGAGAUUUGUGUAGUUGUACACAUAAAGGUAGGUAGGUUUUUUGUUUUAUAUUUGUUAGGUUGGCGAGGUAGUGAUCGUGGAAGUAGCAGUGAUUGUAAGACCUUAAGAUAACCUGAGACUGAACGAAACAAACUCGAUAGAAAAUUAUUUCUGUCUUCCUAUAUAAGCCUUUUAUAGGAGAAAGAGCCAUACUGUUUGGGCCUUACAGACAUUCCAUAUAUACAUAAAAUUUAGUAAACAUUAAAACUGAAAUCGCUAUUAAAAAUAAAUAAAUAUUUUACCAAUUUGUCACUUCGACCAGUAACAUUUGCAGUGAAUGCUGGGUGAUGGACACUUUAAUUGAUCUAUUGUUUCUCAAAUUUCGCUGUUUUCAUUAUUCUAAGGUUACUGCCCAAGUGAAAAAGUUGGCACACGUCAAGCAUAUGGAAUUUUUGAGUGGCCAAAAACUCCAGUUGGACAUAAUUACACUUGCCCGCAUAAUAAUAAGUUCUCCACGAGCCGUGAAUGUCGGUAUACAAACCAGACUGAUACUGGAGGUUUUUGGGGUCCGAUUGUGGUCGAACAAUGCGAAUCUGGUCCAGACACACGAAGUAAAGAUCUUUUUCUGUUGGCGCAGGUAAUUGAAAUUUUGCAAGCUAAGCAUUAAUUAGCCCCGCGUGCAGGUGGGGAAGACUCUUCCCUCGGUGGGCCUGCACGCGGGCUAAGCAUUAAUUCAGAAAUGAUUUUGAGGGCAUCCAGCAAAGUUCUUUAGAAUUCUUGGUAACGCACUUAUUGGCUUUAAAAAUAAAUGAAGUAUCUACCAAAAUUUUGGAUGAUCUUUUGAAACGCAUGUUGUCUGCAUUUUUAAUGACUUCGUCCCUUUUUACAAAUCUUACGUAAACUGGUGGAUAUUCUCUUUAGUGGUAUAUUAUAUUCCUCAAAGAUAAAAUGUCUCAAUUGAUGAGUGCUCCAAAGGGAUCCUCGUGCCUUUGCUCGGAAGAUUCGGCAUAAAUAGAGUUUGUAAGAUGAAGUUUCUGUAACACAACGCAAGCACAACAUUACCCUGGUUGGGGUACAUCCUCGGGUAGAAGAAUUUGCAUCACAGACUACGUCAUCAGUUAGUUAUAGCGAUUAGUUUUGAGGUUAGGGUAAGGGUAAGGGUUAGGGUGAGGGUUAGGGUAAGGAUUAGGCUUAGAGAUAGGGAUUUGGUUAUAUCUGACGCCACAAACAACACAACUAGCCGAUCACGUGAUCACUUCUCCUCUACCCGAGGAACUACCCCUUGGUUGCUUCGCAGUAAAUUAAUUAUUAAUUAAUUAAUAAUUAAUUAAAAAUAGUCGAAUGGAUGCUUAGCGUACAAAACGUUCUUGUUUACUACUUUGUAGUUAAAUAGUAGUUAAAUCUAGAAUACGCGAUUUUGAUUGGUUAACUUUCACACUAACUACACGGGUAAAAAUUGAUCAGGUUGUUCGGCGUUGUUCAAACAGGAGUGAACAAUGUGCUGCACCCCGUGAACAAUAUUGUUAACAAGUUGUUCAACCAUCAGUACUGUUGCAAGUUGUUAACAUGAUUGUCAACAAGUUGCAACAAUGUUGAUGGUUCAACAACUUGUUAACAAUAUUGUUCACGGGGUGCAGCACAACAUUGUUCGCUCCUGUUUUGAACAACUUGCAUCAACAUGAUGAUUUUUACGCGUGUAUACAGGGUGUGUCAGAAAAAAAUGGACAAUUUUGAAACGGCUCUCAAUUUCACAAAUCCGUUCAUGUCAUGAAAUUUUUAAUAAAUAUAGAUUGUUUGGAUAAUUAUAAUGUAGAAUAAACCAAAAAAAUUCAUAAAGAUAAAUUUUCCAUACCGGGGGGUUGUCUUUUUAGCAGCAUUAAAAAUAGCUUGCGCGCGAAAUUUAAAAGUUUAAAACGCAUUUAUGAGUUCAUGGUCCAAAUAUCAGAAAAUUUUCUCAAUUUUAAUAGCUGCUGAAACUUUCAUUUUUUGGCAGCAAUGCCUUUCACGCAUGCUUCUUAAUUCAUGCAUUUAACUAAUUUGCAUAUUGUUAUUGUAAACAACAAUAAGUCGGUAAUAGUCUUAAAACCUUAUGUUUACUCCAGAAAGAAGUGAACAUCAGCAACGUGGUUAACAUCACUCAAGAGCUGAAAAAGUUGUCUGUUGACAAUUCAAGCCAUCCUCUUCAAGCCGGAGACAUUAACAAUAUCGCUACAGUAUUACAGAAAAUUGUCGCAGUGAAACAGAAAGCUAACGAGGUUGGUUAUAUGACCAGUAUUUGUUAUUAUUUUUUUCUGUCCGUAAUCCCAGGUCCGUAACUUAAAUGAAGAGAUUGAUUGACUGACGAGAGGUCCGUGUCCCACGACACCGACCUCUCGCGUUUCGCGCCAAAACACACCGAGGAGUGAAGACGAUUUUCAAACUCAGAAAACUACCCAACAAUUUGAAAAUCUCACCCUAAUGAUACAAAAGACAGAAAAAUAAACUAAAUUAACUCCAAGGGAAGUUAAGGGAGUUCGUGUUAAGCCUGAAAUUCUCUUCGUUGAAGCAUUCUCUCAGGGCUUUCAGGUAGUAAGUUUGUAAAUCAGUUUUGAAUUGCCUAAUAUUAAUGUCAGGAGAUCUUAGUGUAGUUGGUAAAGAACCUGGAACUCUUUACCAACUACACUAAGAUCUCCUGUGUAUUUUUGUAUAGGGCCCACAGUAAUUGGUUUACACUGUGGUGGUGUCCCUGCCAUUUUUGAAUUUUUUGUCCAUGUUUAUUGUCUAGAUGUCUAUUUGUUGUUCUGUUACGUGUUUUUGGCAAAGUUUAAUAAAUAAAUAAAUAAAAUGUACUUUACGCCGUAUAUGAGCUGAUAUACGGCGAGUAAAUAAUAGCUGAACCAUGACCAAUCGGAUUGCAGAAUAGCUCAUAUAUAAUAUAUGGUGGAUGAUUAUAUUAUAAAAUUGCUUACUCGUAUAUGUUUGUGUGCGUAUUUGUGCGUAUGCAUAUUUAUAGACUUUUGAAGAUUUCUACACCACAGUAGACAAUGUACUAGAUCCUGGGGACGAGGUUGGUACCGAAAAAAGUGUCUUCCAAAGUCAGAUAGAUAGAUAGAUAGAUAGAUAGUUUAAUAAAACAUUUACAUUGCAGCCAAAGGCUGAAUUACGUAAAGUUUACAAAAUACGAAUUAUUAUUUAAUUACUAUUAUAAUUAUUAAGUUAAAAUUAUGCAAAUAUUUAAAAUUUUACUAGGAUGAUAAUAAAAAAGAUACCACUAACGUUAUGAAGACAUCUUCGAUGCCAUCGCAAAUAUAA